AUCAGGUACCGACGAUCACCAUGUCAGUCAACGUUACUGCACCUAAAUUUGCCUACGGACCCCUCACUUUAGCAUUCAUUGUCGGCUUGUUCUUAUUAUUAAUUGUUCUGAUUUUAACACUGAAUGCUCUUAUGAUUGUCUCUAUCAUACGCAAACGCGAGCUUCUUGAGAAGCCGACUAACGUCUUGAUCAUCGGACUUGCGUUCAGUGACUUUGUAACAGGCUUUGUAGGUGUACCAGUAUACAUCCCGAGUGUUGUAACUGGGAAGCAAUUAGAAACUAUGGAUAAAGAUGACCCAAACCUACUGGUUAUUAUAAUAUGUAUAUCGAUGUCUAUUGUAUUUCAUUUGCUUUUGACUAUCGAUCGAUAUAUAUCGAUUGUGUAUCCGUAUCGGUAUCUGAAUAUUACUGCAAAAAGGACGGUGUUUGUGACCUGUGCGUCUGCGGGCACUAUCAUUUUUCUAAUUGGUCUUAGAACCUUUGUAGGAGGUCGUUUUGCAUUGUUAUGUUUGCUUGUCCUUGGUAUUUCUCAACUGCUGAUGCAAAUAAAAGUAAUGAGUAUUGCAGUGAAGAUGUCAAAAUAUCGGCAAAAUGAUCAGACAUCCAGAAAUGAGUUGAAAGCCAUCAAGAUGACUAUAUUGAUCUUCAUUGCAUAUGACGGAUGCUUUCUUCCAAAGUUUUUCUUUAUAGUCUUGCAACAGUCAGCCUAUCAGUUAAGUUUAUCAAUUCUCACCAUGCUUCGAGUAUUGACCGAUAUAAUUUGGAUAAGCAAUAGUAUAGUGAAUCCCAUCAUUUGUGCCAUGACUAAUUUGGCAAUAAAGAAAGCAUGUAGGGAAGUUUUCAACAUUAUAUUAAAAAAACACAGCGUGCACCCUCUAAGAAAUGGAGAUACUUAGGCAUAUCUCUAUUUCUAUUUGCUAAUGACUGGAUGAUGGCUUUGCACUCGUAAAAGAACUCAGUACUAAUCAGACAAGAGUAAGAUGGUGUAAACCCACUAAUAUAACAAUCAUCCACUUUCAACUAACCACGUUGUAACAAAAAUCAACCACUGUUGUAACAUCAACCACUGCCCUAUAAUUCACAUUUUUCGUUAGCAACAACUUGCCAACGACAUGCAU